AUGGAGACAACAGGUGUUGAUGGAGGAGACGGGAUCUCCAGGAGGGCGCGGGCAAGACGUGUCCUUAACCAGCCCGUUAAGACUCCCUGGAAGGAUACCCCCGAGUCCAAGGCCCCUGUUGAUGCAGCUGAUGUUCCUGCAGCUAGUGCUCUUGCAACGGAUGCUGAUGCUGCUGCAGGACUAGGCGAAGCUGCAAAAGAGGAGGCGGCAGAAUCGAGCGCUGCGGAGGUGGCGAAUGACGGUUCAGAUGCUGGAGAAGGUUCAUCUUCGGAUGUGGGGUGUCAAUCCACCUCCAUGUGCCUGUUUGUGGGCCAGGAGGUGCGUAUACACCUGGUGGACUUGGUGCGAACUCGCCUCGCAUGCAUUCCCCCUUCGUGCCUGGGGUCAAUGAAUUCCUUUUUUAGAGAGAUGUACACUCGCGAAAUUGAGCAGGACGCGGCGUUGGCAGAGCUGUAUGUAGAACACAGCAGCAGCAGGAAGAACACAAGCCUGCGGCCUUCUCGCCGCAUAAGAGGUGUUAUAACUGCGUUUUAUACAACUGAAGAAAGGCCGCUGGACACAGUGCUGUGUGCAGACUAUGUAUGUGGAGUAGAAAUAUGUUUUCGUGUUGGGGUAUCUGUACACCUCAGCUCUUCCUCUCCUUCUUGCAGCCAUGAAUUUGCGGUGUACAGAAGGUGGAACGUGCUCGACUUCCUUUCUCUCCGUCGGGUGUAUUGCCAGAACUACAGCGCCGACGUAUUUGUUGAAAAGCGAACAGCACGAGAGGGAGCGAAACAGCAAGUACUGAGCGCGGCUGAGUUCUUCAGGAGUUUGCAUCCGGACUUCUACUACGGGGACAGCUGCUCUGGAGACAAGGAUCCCUUUCUCCUCAACGGUUCGCCGCUGCCUCUUCCCUCUUCAGCAGCGGCAAACAGUCAAACAUUGACAUCCGCUGGUGGGACUGCUUCUGCUCCGGCGAGUCACAGGAGACGCGGCAGACCCCGCAAAUUCCCACGGCCAGAGGAGACUGCCGUUGCAGCAGCACAGGGGCUGUCCCUGCAGCAGCAGCAGCAGCAGACCUGGGCCCUUAAGAGGAACCCGGCUGGAGGCCAGAAAAAAUAUCCCCAAGGCACUACCGUGCACACACUUGGGGCAAAGUUUUAUAUCACGAAGGAAACACAACGAUCGUUGGAAGCAGACAGGAAGGUGGAGGAAGAAAGAGAAGAUCCAGUAGAGGCAGGCAUCGACAAGUUUACUCUAGCGCAAGCCACGGUCAAUGCAAGAACGGCCAAACGAAGAAGGGCCGAGGAGCCACAACAACUAUCAGGGUCUUCUGCCCGCGUGGGGGGCUCUGGGGGACCCUCCAACUCUUCGUUGCGCAUGCCUCGCUGUGGAUUGCCCACAACUGAAGGCAACACCAGAUGCAGCGAGGUCGCGGAGAAGCAGCGGCAGGAACAAAACCAACAAUUCAAGCAGCAGCAGCAACAAAGGCAGCACCAGCAGCAGCGACAUCAGCAGCGAGAAGACCAGCAGGCGCAGGUGCAGCAGGAGCAAGAGCACCAACACCAGGAAGGACGGCAGGAGGAGGGGCUGCUGUCUCCCUGUGGUUCUGUAGCAUCCGGCACUGGAGAAUUGGUUUCUCCUCCUCUGUACAGUUCCUCAGUGGCCCCGCAUUUGAAUGCGGACUCGCGCGAAGCAUUGGAAAAGGUGCUGCUGCCGUACUACCGUCGUUGUUUGCAGCUGCUGUUGUCUGGUUUGUUAGGGUGUCUGAAUUCUAUCCCAUACACGGCGGAAGCCUUCUUAGAACGUCAACGAGCAAUAGGACAAUGCCUUCUAGCAGCUGCUUCUCCUGAUUUCAGCCUCGCCGAACUGCAAACCCUUAUUAACCCCUUUGGGCGAUGCAUAAAAACCCGCGCAGCCCCCAAUGAGUUGGACAUACACCUGCAGCAGGACCUCGUGGAAGAUGUACUGCACCUCUCCCGCUUCCUCGAGCAACCGGCAGCAGCAGCAACAACAAUAACAGCAUCAACAAGAACAACAGCAGUGACAGAGAGCAUGCACCCGCUGCCUAGACCGGCAGGACAGAAGACAGAGGCAAACGAUGAUGGUGCGGAAAGAAUGAACAGAGCCUCUCUUUCCCAUCCCUCCCUUCUGUAG